AUGGAGGAAAAUUUCCAAGUUGUUUUCCACCACGGUGGAAAGUUCAUAAAUGAAGGGAAACUUAACUAUGAGGGGGAGAGUACAACUUUGUUGUUUGACCCAAACAUGUGGAGCUAUUUCCUUGUAGUCAGUGUAAUGAAAGGGCUAGAUUAUGAUGGGUUUAAGGAGUUGUGGUACUGCGUAGGUGGUGGUUCUGUGUUAGAAAAUAGGUUGGAGCCUUUGUUGGAUGACAUAGGAGCCAUGCACAUGAUUACCUUAGCUAGGCUUAAUGGUGAGGUGCAUCUUUUUGUUGUUCACACAGUCUUUGAACCUGAUGUGAUACAUUUGUUAGAAUAUGCUUCUCAGAAUACAGGUGAAGUAGAAACUGUUGAGGGUGAAUGUGAACAGCAAGGUGGGGCGGAAUGUCAACAGGAUAGUGAAAGACAAUGUGAGGUGCCUGGCAAUGAAGGUGAGAGAGGUCAAUGUGAUGGUAUGAGUGAAACUGUUGUUGUUUCAGAAGAAAAAUGUGAUGAUGUUGUUAAAGGUGAAAUUGAAACACAGGUUGGUGUGGCUGAGUGUGAAGGGGAUGCUGGUGAUGUUCGUAGUUGGAGUUCUAGUGGUGAGGAUGUUAAUGAUCAUGAUGGCAAUGAUGAGGUUAAUUAUGGUUGUAUGGAAGGUCUGGUUGUGUACUGGUCACGAUCUAGAUUUAGCAGCACACCUCAAUGUGAUACUUUGGUAAACAACAUGUCAGAGGCUUUCAACAGUGUAAUGGUGCAUACAAGGUCAAAGCCAAUCAUAAGCAUGUUGGAGGACAUCUGCCUUUACUUGAUGAAGAGAUGGGCAACUAACAGGACAAAAAUACAAUCAUUGUCUGGGGAGAUUUGUCCAAAAAUCAAGACUAGACUAAAUAAGGAGUCUCGGUUAACUAAAUAUUGGAUUCCGAGUUGGCCAGGAAACAAGCUGUUUGAAGUUUGCCAUGUCUCCCAAGCUGGUGACAAGUUUGUAGUGAAUUUAGACCAAAAUUUGUGUACGUGCAAGAAGUGGGCUAUCACUGGCAUACCGUGUUGCCACUCCUUGGGUGCUAUGAAAUUCCUAAAUCUAGAUGUAGAGGACUUCAUACCAUGUUCCUUUAGGAUGUCAACAUAUGAAGAAAUAUACUCUUCAAUUGUGUAUCCAAUAAAUGGUAACAACAUGUGGGAGAUUACCACAUGUGUUGAUGUCCUCCCUCCACCAAAAAGAAUAUUGCCUGGGAGACCAAAGAGGAAGCGAAGGUUAGAGCAAUGGGAGUUGGUCAAGGACGACACAAGAAUGAGGAAGGGUGGUCUAAAGAAAAGAUGUGGCAUUUGUAAGAAACUGGUCCACAACAGGACUUCUUGCACCAAAUCAACACAGACAAAUGAUGACAACUCUCACCAAACACAAGAAACUAACCCAUCAACUCAACCAAUGAUGUCAUCAUCAAAUCAGGAUGAAGCUGUAGGUCAAGGGGAUAAAUGA